AUGUCGGAUGUGGCUUCAAAUAGGCCGUCCAUAGGGAGUUUGGACGCCAAUGACGACCUAAACGACGACUUGGCGUCGGAGUCAGCAUACCUGUCUUUUUCGUCUCAGCCAAAACAAACCAGAAGUGGCUCUUUUAGAAACAGCAUCGACGCCGACAGUAGCUUUCUGUCGUCAGCAUUUUUACACGCUUAUAACCACGAAGAUGUGGACGGGAACUCGCCAUUGGGACCCAAUUGCAUCUAUGACUUGACGUAUGGGUCAGACCAAGCUCGAGCAAGCAGAAAUAGAACUCCGAAGACGUCGGUCACCAUCAACGGAGGCUCCACCACGGUGGUCAAUUUGCGGACGCCAACGUCUCGCGACAUCAAACAAAUCCAAUUGCUGAAGCUCAAAGCCAAACCAAAGGAUUCCGAGCUCCAGGAGUACUUGAAGCUUGAAAAAGACUACAAUACGUUUGAGCUGAGCUACAAUUCUCUCACAGAAGAUUCGUUACAAUUGCUUGCGGGGAUCUCCAACGACAAAGACUUGAAAAACACAACCGACCACAUAUCCAAAAUCCCCCAGGUGUUCCGAGAGUCGGAAUUUCAGCUCGACAACCCUCGGGUGUUCCGCCAGGUGAUCGGCGAUUCCGGCGUGGUGGACAUUGAGGAGUCGUCCGGCUUCAUCGAUAACUCGGAUCUCCAGAACAAGCUCUCUCAUUACUUGGAUAUCGUCGAGAUCAAUCUCGUCAAGGAAAUCUCGUCGGCUUCCAACUCGUUUUUCAGCACCAUCGGCGAUAUUCAAGACAUCCACACCCAGUUCAACACCAGUACGGCUCAGUUUCGAACCAUUGUCGAGAAGCUCGAGCAGCUAGAAUCCGAACAGGCACAUUUGGGCGCUAGUAUAGUCGACAAAAUCAUUCGGCGCCGCAACGUGGAGCGCUUGGAGCUGUUGGUUCUUCAGGUUCAACUAGUCACAAAAAUUCUCAAUGUGGCCCAAAACGACUACAGAAUGGGCCAGCACGCCCAAUGCUUGGAAAGAGUGGCUGAAAUUGAAAAAUUGAUCACUGCAAGCUCUCAGCUGGAAUACAGUGCCGUUUUCCCCCAUCCUCUUGUGCCAUUGACAGACCUAGCAGGACUAGGUUACGUUAAUCACCAGCUCCACGAACUCAAAGCCGAGUGCUCGCGAGGAUUUGUAGACCGUUUUGUGGAAAUCUUAAUGGUGGAUCUUCGUGACCACUACUUGAAGGUACCACAAGAUGAUACCUACGAGCGGAUUUCACUGUCCAUCAGCUCGAAACGGACUCAGCGGCCAAUAAACAGAUCGUACCAAGUCUUGGACGAAACCACAAAACAGCAGUUGAAACAAUAUGUUCAAAUUCUUUCGAAAUCGGGCUACUUGGUCGAUGCGUUCACGCAGUACCAGGCUAAAGUUGUGGUCGAAAUCAAGGAUAUCAUCAAGGAAAAGCUUCCCACUAAAAACGACAACACUCCAAGCGACUCAACCGCACCUUCAAGAGCAUCGUCUGUGCCUCCAGAAAACAGCAACACAUCGAGCAGUUUAUCGUCGUAUCUUCGCUCGAUGUCAGAAGAAGAGUUCGAGCUGAUGUUGCGUACAGUUUUUGCAAACUUGUCUGAGUGUCUUCGAAGGCUUUCUGCUCACCAGAAAGUACUCUUAGAUCUAGCGUUGACGGCUAUGCCUCCGGAUACAACUUCGAGCUUUGACGUAACCACUUUCGACAUCACUUCGACCAUCAACAAGUCGAUUGAACUCACGCAAAUACGAAUGGCCAAGGUGAUCAACGUGCGUUCUGAACAACUUGCGGACCUCAGCCUGGAAAGAUACUUUAGAUUUUACGGCUUGACUUCGGCAUAUUUACAGGAAUGCGAGCUUAUCAACCCUGGAUAUGUUGCCAGUAAUGCUGGAAGUUCUCUCAACGAAUGGAUAAAGAACCACACAACUUAUUUUGUGCAUCGGUUUCAUCUGAACACUUUGAGAGCCUUGAUAACCGAGUGCGACAAGGACCAAUGGAAAGAAGUCACAGCCUCUGGAACUCUUAGUCAAACUCAAGACUUGGUCAAUGAGUUGAUUGAACAUGCCAAAUACGUCGAGCUGGACGGUGCAAAUGGCUUUUCGGGUAAAACCUGGUUGCAAGCUCUUAGCGUUGUUCCAGAGCCGAGCGAAACAAGCCAAAAAAUCCGGGAAGAUAUCACCAAGAUAGAAAUAGGAAAGGAGUCGUUUUUCGUCCCAGACUUGGCCUGUUCUUCCAUCAAACACAUCCGGGAUUAUCUCGCUAUCCAAAAGGCAUUUUCGAGCAGAAACAACACCGUUGAAAAUAACCUUCUAAAUUACUUCAAAUUGAUGAACUCCCGGGCUUCCCAGGCAGUGCUAAAUGCGGGAGCCACCAGAACUGCUGGUCUCAAGCACAUCAAAACCAAGCACCUUGCAGUAUGCCUUCAAUUCAUCGAGUACAAUAUUGCAUUAUUGGAAGCUUGCGAGCCACUUUUCCAACGCAGCAGAGCGCUGUCACAACCUCCAAAUACCGAUGAACUCACUUACGAAAGGGUUCUUGGGAAUUACAAAGACCACGAAAAUGAACUAUUUUCGAAACUCGUUUCUAUCAUGCACGACAGAACUCUCAACCAUUGUGCUGCAAUUGUCAAAAUCAACUGGGCAGAGCCUCUAAAAUCUCCUCAACAGUGCCAUUCAUACAUGGAGACAUUGGUUAAGGAAACCUUAAUCGUUGCCAAAGCACUUUCCAAAUACCUUCCGGAAAUCAAAUAUUCCUUCGUCAUGCUGCAAAUUUUCGACAACUACAAAAAACUAUUGGUUGACUGUUAUUGCACCAAGUUGCCUCAGUUCAAAGACUUCAACGAAAAGCAUUCUUUGCUCAAGGAUAUUGACUACUUUCGUGUGAAAAUGAGUGAGUUGUCUGGGUAUGGAAACUCUGGACAAGUAAUAUGGGAGAACGUCAACUCGUUACCAACUAUCGAAGAUACCCACAUGGACGAGAUAAUGAAGCACAACAUAGAGGGUGAACACCGACCACAAUCGGCAGAACCAGUUGCUGAAAAGAAAGUAUCCAAUGAGGAAUUGUUCGAUGUAUCUAAGGAAUUGGAAUAUGAGUAA